AUGUACCAAAUCAAGUUCGUCAAGGCGCCGAUAUGUGAAUUUAUCCAGCCGGUCCAGGCAAGACGUGCGGGUGUGAAGGUCCCCGAAACAUUGCUCUCUUCACUCCUCAACCCGAGCAACACCCGUGCCCUCAACUCCUCGUUCAAAAUUUCCACCUUGGUGAUGGUCACGAACGAUUUGGGAGAGGAUUUCUACCCGGGUAACUUGGAUCUUACGGCACAGUUGUUCCUCCACUACCAGAGCUCCCCUACAGAUGCCGACUCCGACUCUAACGAGCCCUUGUACCUCGACACGACUCCACUCACCUAUGAGGAUUUCCAGGAAAAGAGUGUGCUUUUUAGCACCUCCAAGACUCCUAUCAAGUGGGACGGAAAGAUGCGGGAGACAAGGUUGGAGUUUGGUGUGCCGGCCCACACAUUGGUGCCGAAAUUGAAGGAGUUGGAAAUCAAAUUGAUGAACUACAACGUGAAGCAUCGCCUCUCGAAAAAGGCAAAAUCUGUGUUCGACCCUCUCCAAGAUGAGUUGUUCCUCUCUCUUCGCGUCCUCAAUGUCCCUAAGAAAACCUCCCGUUUCGCCCCGCCGUCAAAACUUGAUAAUGCUGCCGCUGGUAUCAAGGGUACGUAUGCAGAAAUCCGCUCUCUGUUCGAGGCGGAAAACAUUGUAGCGGCCCCGGAACAGAGCACAGUUAUGGAGCUUGAGGAUACAACGGUGCUCGAUGUAGUUUCGUUGCCUUUACAGAUCACCCUUUUUCAAGGCGCAGAUGUCACGGUGCUCGAGCGUUUUGUCUCAGACAAGUACUGUGUGCGGUACUUACCUAUUGGCAUUCCGCCGAAAACUUCGCUUGACGAGUCUCCCAAGGACUUGAAACUCGAAGCUAAGGGUGUGGUCUUGCUCGAGGAGCUCUCCAAUGGCAUUGCGCGCCACUUAUGGGACGCGGGGAUUGUUGUCGCCAAGUCGCUCCCGAAGUUGUAUCACGGCUUUCCGGCGGGCAGCAAACCCGAUAUCUUGGAGUUGGGUACCGGGAUCGGAAUUGUAUCUAUCGCCCUGUCUAUUGUCUUUCCGAACGCUAACUACUACUUGACCGAUUUGUACGACGCCAAGGAGAUUUGCGAGUUCAAUAUCGGUAUGAACUACGGUCCCAGGACUGUGCGAAGGCUGGCCGAACCCAUAUUGAUCAAGUUUGAUGAGCUUGAUUGGGAGGCUACUGAGUUCCCUGACUUACCUCCGGUGUGGUCCUAUAUCGUCAUCGCUGAUUGCACUUACAAUCCUACUUAUUACGAUGCGCUACUCAGCAUUAUCAUCAAGCAGGUGAAGGGCGAUAAGAAUACCAGAGUCAUCUUAGGACACAAGUUCCGUGAUUUGGCGAACGACAUCUGUUGGUUUGGGAUGUUGGCCCAACAGUUUGCAGUUGAGAAGGAAGUUUGGGUAAAAAACGGCUCCAACGUUAUGCAUUUGGGGUGUUGGAAGCUCCGUGAAUAG